AAGGGUUACGAAUAGAGCAAAAAUGGAUGCUGAAAACAUUGAAAAUUCAGUGGAAAUCAAAGGAAUUCCUACUCGGGAUGGUAAAUAUGUUGAGUACAAUGUUGUGGGUAACUUAUUUGAAGUUACCUCAAAGUAUGUCCCUCCAAUUCAACCUGUAGGCCGUGGAGCUUACGGAAUCGUCUGCUGUGCUACAAAUUCGGAGACGAAGGAGGAGAUAGCAAUAAAAAAAAUUGGGAAUGCAUUUGAAAAUAGAAUUGAUGCAAAGAGGACCCUUCGCGAGAUCAAACUUCUUUCUCACAUGGAUCAUGAAAAUGUCAUCAAAAUAAAAGAUAUAGUAAGACCACCAGACAGAGAGGAAUUCAAUGAUGUGUAUAUUGUGUAUGAGCUAAUGGAUACUGAUCUGCAUCAGAUAAUACGCUCUUCACAGGCCCUCACAGAAGAUCAUUGUCAAUACUUUCUCUAUCAAUUAUUACGUGGACUCAAGUAUGUACAUUCUGCUAAUGUUCUUCACCGGGAUCUGAAACCUAGCAACUUGCUACUCAAUGCAAACUGUGACCUCAAGAUCUGUGAUUUUGGGCUUGCUAGAACUACUUCAGAGGCAGAUUUUAUGACUGAGUAUGUUGUUACCCGAUGGUAUAGGGCACCCGAGCUACUACUUAAUUGUACUGAAUAUACUGCAGCGAUUGAUAUAUGGUCAGUUGGUUGCAUUUUGAUGGAACUCAUUAAGAGAGAGCCUCUUUUUCCUGGCAGAGACUAUGCUCAGCAAUUGGGGCUUAUCAUUAAGUUAUUAGGUUCACCGGAGGAGUCUGAUCUUGGAUUCCUAAGGAGUGACAAUGCUAGGAAGUACGUCAAGCAGCUGCCUCAAGUUCCAAAGCAACCAUUUUCCGAGCAUUUCCCUGAUGUGUCCCCUUUAGCCCUUGAUCUUGCAGAAAAGAUGUUGGUUUUUGAUCCAGCUAAACGCAUAACUGUUGAGGAUGCAUUGAACCAUCCAUUCAUGAUAAGUCUCCAUGAGAUAAACGAGGAACCAGUUUGCACUUCUCCUUUCAACUUCGACUUUGAACAAGCAUCUCUAAGCGAGGAAGACAUUAAGGAGCUCAUAUGGAACGAGGCUCUUAAGUUUGAUCCCGAUACAACCAAGUGAUGAUCCAUACUAUAUUUCCUCAAUAGCUGGAGUGUGAUUUGGUUGUGGCAGGUUUAGCCAUUUGUGACAUCUGUUUGAUUGUUCUUUUAAGGUGAGCUUGGAGAGUUUGGUUUUCCUCCCUUCAUACACGG